UCGUCUGCAGCGAUCAUCAUCGCUUGAGAACAAGCUAUAUACUGGGGAAAACAGAGGUAUUUCCAGUUGAAUUUCUGCUGGAGAAUUUGUGGAUAAUUGAGUGCAAUGUAGCAUUGUUAACUGCGUCGAAAUAGUGUGCUCCUGAGGCAGUGCUUUUGUUCGCGAUUACUCUUGCAACUUGCGUUCUCUACACUGAGAAGACUUCGCGAGAUGGAUGUUUUAUCGGUAUUGAUUCAAGAAGAGUCAGGGGAUAAUAAAACGUAGAUUAAUUUAUAGUCUUAUUUUGCAAAUACCAUAGACAAGGAAAGAAACGAGAGUCCAGUUUACGGAAAUCUGAGGAAUUAAACUUCCGUUGAUGGCUGUAUAGAAAGUCAGCUGUUCAUAUCAAUUAUUCUGAACCUGAGCUAAGCUGAAGUGAUACAAUGUUUAAAAUUGGUUAAUUGGGUUCUUUAGUUGUUAAGCGCGUAUCAAUUGCUUAUAAAAUAAAAUAUUUACGUCACGACUUGUAUAAACCAAUACAAUCCAAGCUCGUAUUUGAGGCGGAAAGCAUUAUUUAAAAUUAAACUGCUGCUACCUCUGCAAGAUGUCACAUCCGCACAUUUCUCAAGACGAAAGAUCGGACUCAAGCACAUUAACGCGUGACCGAUUAUAUAUCACACCCAACCACAUCGACACCCGCUGCCCCGGGACGCCACGGGUCAGCUUGUCCUACUAUCCUGGAUCACCGAGGGUCAGCGCAAGUUACCAUGUCAACACAUCAAUUCCGAGUCUUGAUGCGCUAAGUAUUAACAAGAAUAGACGACGCAGCACUAUCCACUCGUAUAAUCUCGUCAACUAUUACGCUCUUCCACAGGACUCCAGUAACAAUCGUUCCAUUCGCCAAAUGACAGAAAGAAAAGCUUUGAAAAAUGUAAUCGUGCUCGGAUUGUCCUUCAUGCUCAUACAUACCGCGUUUGUGUCAAUGUUGAGUUUGCAAAGUAUUAUGAACCCGGAAGGAGGUGUCGGUGUGGUUUCCAUCAGUUGCAUUUACGUCACCACUGUUAUAUCAUGUAUGUUAGCCCCUUUGAUCAUUAAUACUAUUUCAACAAAGUGGACUAUGAUCGCAGCUUUCAUUUUGUUUACCGGAUACUUUGCAGGUAACUUUUAUCCUCGGCAGUAUUUGCUUAUACCAUUAGGUCUUUUGCUCGGUCUUCUUGGCGGGCCCCUUAUGGCUGCGCAGAUGACAUAUGUUACUACUGUUGCAUUGACCUACGCCAAUCAUGCCAUCAUAAUGGACCAAGAGAGUGUUGUAAAUAAAUACAUGGGCAUCUUCUGCGCUUUUUAUAGAAGCAGUUACAUUUGGGGAAAUCUUAUAACCACGUUGGUGUUAUCUAACAACCAAACACUUCACGUGGAGGAUCAAAACGAGUAUGUCAAAGUGGGCAACUACUCGAUCGUCAUUCCUAGCGCAUAUAAUGAGACUUUAUACAGAACGUGUGGAUUUACAGUUUGCGACUUUAACACAGUGUCAAAUGAAAUGUAUGACAUUAACCAAAACCCGUUAAGUAGAGAUCUGGAAAUUCCGGAAACAAUAAAAUACAUGUUGCUGUGUAUUUAUUUGGGAUGCGGUUUACUUGGAGCAGUUUUAUUACUAGUCUUCUUAGAUAAAAACGUGGGGUCAAAGAGAAUUAACAACGACCUCAAGAUAACAACGAAGGAGUUGUUCAUGUCCACAGUAAAUAUGCUGAAGGAUUCACGAUGUCAACUUCUCAUCCCAUUGGUGUUUUUUGUUGGCCUCGAGCAGGGGUUCAUCUUUGGGGAUUUUACAAAGGCAUAUGUGACAUGUACAAUGGGAAUAAAUAGCCUCGGACCGAUUCUGAUGUGCUUCGGGGGUGUUAGCGCGCUGGCAUCAAUAGUGAUAGGCUGUAUUGCCAACCACAUUAAGAGGUUCGCCUUUAUCACUGCUGGAGCAACUUUCAAUGUCGGCCUUCUGAUCGUGCUAUGGAUAUGGAAACCUCACCCCGGCGAUGUGCCAAACUUCUUUGUGGUGGCCGCCUGUCUUGGCCUCUGCGACGCGAUUUGGCAAACGCAGACAUACACAUUGUUUGGCGUAUUGUUCGUCGACAAACAAGAAGCAGCUUUUGCUUCUUACAGAAUGUUUUACGCGACCGGGUGUGCUGUUUCUUUUGGGUACUCGUUUUUUCUGUGCGUCCAGACCAAAGUGUAUAUUUUAGCAGGAAUGUUAGGCAUGUCACUGCUGAUGUACAUGGUCAUCGAAAUGAAAGUGCAGCUUCAGAGUCAGCAUAUUAAAGAUAUAGUGGCGUUUUAGAUCAGAGUUAUAGAAGACUAUUACUAAAUUAUAUAUGAAGCGAGAGUUUCAUUUGCGUAUGUGACAAAUCAAUACAAAUGUAUCAAUAUAAUUUAUUAAUACCUUAUUUCCAGAAACUACAUCGGAAGACAAAUUAUUGUUACCGAAUUCGGUGUAUGUUUUAUUUUGUUAUUAUGUCAGUUGGUAAAAAUGUAUAUCGGAAAGUGUAUAAUUAAUGCACAUACAUGUGUAAAUGCCACACGUGUCUGUAUUAAUGUAAAUGAUUUUAAGUUUUGUUCAUGUUUGUUCAUUUUUACUAUAACCAUUUAGUGAUCGGAAGACGUGGUAUUGUAUUUAUCCUACAUAUAUUUGGUCUGUGUCGCGAGAUUCGUUUUUAAUAUAAUUGCUAAACAGAUAAAAAAACGCUCAUUACUUUCAAUCAAAACCUAUAUAUUUGUUGUUGUUGUACUUGAAUAGAGUUUCUUGUUUUGUUGUAUGUUUUAUUGUGCGCGCAUGGAAGUGUAGUAAUAAAUAAAUUUGAUGUAUUUC